UCGUGAGAAAAUCGAGAGUAUAGCAUUAAAAUUUCACAAUUUUUUUUACUUUGAAAAAAUUGAUUUGAAAAUAAAAUUAAACGAGUCAACAUGUUCGAACUUCUAGUUAGAGCUCCUAUUCAAAUAAUUAUGAAAACAGUUAACUAAACUGGAUUAUCAAGAAAAUUGCUUGAAAAUCUUGUCACAAGUUCCACAAAAAAAUAGACUAAGACGUGAUAAUCGAUAUUAAUUUGCACUAAUUUAAUUAAAUCCCAACAAAACUACAUCAACUCAAUGUCAGAAUUCAAGCUUCAAUUCAUAGAUCUUCAUCUAACCUCAAAGGAAGUCACAGACAUCUUCAUAACUGACGAAGACAAUUCCUUAAAUUUAGGACCAUUCAAAAAUAUUUUAUGUGAAAAAUUCAGCAGGAACUACGAUUUAUUAGUCACAUUUGAGAGUGAAGCUUCAAUUUGUGGAUCAUUGACGAUAACUUUGAGUUGCAUAAUCAAGAAUUGUAGACGAAAGUAUCGAUUGGUCAUCCCAGAAUCAAAUGUGUUCAAGAAUACAUCACUGUCCAUUAAAGUUCUAUCAAAUAAUCAUUUAUGUCAUCACAAAGGUGUCAUGCAGGCUUUUAGGAAAUGGGAAAGCAAGAAUCAACCAAUCAGGAUAGACAUUCGUAAAAAAAUUUCAAGCGAUUGGAAGACUCAUGGAAGUAAAGUGGUUGAGGAGAAGAAAACUAGAAAAUUUGAGGAUGACUUUGAGGUUGAUUCGUUUAGAAGAUUCAAGUCGGAAUCCUAUCUUGAAAGAAUUCGAACUUUACUAAGAGCAUCAAAGCAUAAUCUUGGAAUCGAAAAAACUGAACUGCUCAUCAAAAUUCUACAAAGAAGUUCAAUUCCAAACUUAUCUUAAAACAACUUUCUAAUAUAAGCAAAGGCUAAGCAGUGUAAAUUGAUGCAUAUUCUCUUUGUCAACCGCCAGUGCAACUUGGCAUCAGUUCAGACAAAAAUUAUCGAGCUAUUGCCAACUCUCAACAAGAAUCUUUAUCAUACUAAACUAGUUUUAUGCUAUAUGAUUCAACUUAUAAUUGAAAUUUACUCACUUGUUUCUUUAAACCAUAAUUU